UAGGAAGAUACAAAUUGUCGUUAAAAAACGUACACAGUGGCAAUGGUUUCUCUAAAACCCAUGAUGGGUAUGCUAACAACCGUAUCUUCGAUGGGUUUACAUCAGAAGCCACUGAACCGACCAUUCUGGGGUUGGGUUAACAUGAUGUUCAACCGUGUAGAUCGGUCCAGGUUAAAGAAAGUAGGUCCCGACCGUCUAUGUGCCGAGUGGUUGUUAAAGAAUGGCGCAAAGGCAAAAUUUGUAAAGGAUAGCAGAACACACGUACACUUUAAUGCUCUUCCAUUAGAAUCGCAGCCAGUGGUAAUGGAAGAGCUUGACGGUACAGAUUCUGGAAUAAUGCACAUCGGUUUCGACCAUCUCCAAGGGUUAAACCACCUCAGGAAAGUGACGCUGCACAACUGUGUCUACAUUGAUGAUCAAGCGCUGUGGAAACUGCGAUAUGCAGGCGAUACUUUGGAGGAAGUGCAUAUUUCAAAAUGUGGUAACGUAACCGACCAUGGAUUGCUACAUCUGAAGCAGCUGUUGAAACUCCAGCAAGUAAAAACGUUCGAUUUGCCAAACGUUAAAAAUAUGCAGCAAGUUGAAAGUACGUUGCGGUCUAUUCUUCCAAACUGCAAGUUUGAUAUGAAACCCUAGAAGAUGUAGCGACUAAAUGUGCCGUAAAGUCGGAAUGAUGUAAUGUUGGCUUUUAAAUGAAUGAAUAAAUUAUAAUGU